AUGAGGCAGAGAAACAGCACACAAUUUCAUGGAUUCAUCCUCCUGGGAUUUCCAACUAUCGUGGAACUUCAGAUGUUGCUCUUUGUGAUUUUCCUGGUGGCAUUCAUGCUGACUCUCUUGGAAACCAUCCUCAUCAUUAUUGUGAUAAAGGUGAACCACCAUCUUCACAAGCCCAUGUACUUCUUUCUCAGCCAUCUCUCCUUCCUGGAGGCUUGGUAUGUCUCAGUCAUUGUCCCCAAAAUGCUAGUGAAUUUUUUUAUGGAAAGCAAGAGUAUAUCUUUUGGAGGCUGCAUGACUCAGCUUUACUUCUUCAGUUCCCUGAUUUGUACUGAGUGUGUCCUCCUUGCAGUCAUGGCUUAUGAUCGCUACGUGGCCAUUUGCAACCCCCUGCGCUACCUGGUCAUCAUGAACCACCAGCUCUGCCUGCAGCUGGCCACCUGCUGCUGGCUCAUUGGCUUCUUGGCCUCCAUACUGAAAGUAAUUUUUAUCUCUCAGCUGUCUUUUUGUGGCUCCAAUGUCAUCAAUCACUUCUUCUGUGACAUCAGUCCCUUGCUGAACUUAUCGUGUGCUGACAUGACAAUGGCUGAGAUAGUGGAUUUCAUCCUGGCCUUGCUUAUCCUGCUGAUACCCCUCUCUGUCACAAUUAUCUCCUACAUAUGUAUCAUCAGCACCAUCCUGCACAUACCCACAACCCAGGGCAGGAAGAAAGCCUUCUCCACCUGUGUUUCUCAUAUCACUGUUGUCAUUAUUUUCUUUUCAGCUACUCUGUUCAUGUAUGCCCGGCCCAAGCGAAUCCACCCUUUCGAGCUGAACAAGCUGGUGUCCAUUGUGUACACCAUUGUAACUCCCAUGCUCAACCCCUUCAUUUACUGUCUGAGGAAUCAGGAGGUUAAAGGGGCAUUGAAAAAAAUCUUCUUCAGUCUUAGCCAGACUGCCCCCAACAUUUCUCAAUACAUUACUGUCCACCUUUAA